AUGGUCGAAGUAGGACAAGUCGAAGCUUGGACUCUCCAAGUGCUACUAUGUUGCUACUCAUUUGCUGGAAACUUAAUGUCCAAGCUUCAGAGACACUUGGAGAUUUUUCUGGGAUGUUCAGAUGACGCGCAAAAUACCACAAGGAAUCCCCCAUGCAAAGAGGUUACUGGUGAUGUCAAAACGAUAUUGCUGGAGGAGUGA